AUGUCAGCGGUCCACCGCCACACCAACACCGGCGCCGAGUCGCUGUCGCUGAUCGAACGUAACCCGAAUUCGGACCCGUCCCAAUCAACGGCCCGGGACGAUCGGCCCGACUGUGCCACCGGUGCCGAACCGCUGCCGGCCGCGGCCACCGUCCCUGGUACCGUUCCCGAGCGCACCACCGACAUCAACAGCAACGUGUUCGAUCGCGGCGGAAGAAAACCGACGACCACCGGCAACACCACCACCUGUUGCUGCUUGAUCUGUUGCUACGCAGCCGUCCCAUCGGCGGACGACCCGAUCACGGUCGGGCAUCACACGAAAACGGCGCCCAAAAGAAUCGUCACCACCACCACCGCCGCCGACAACACCGACAUCUGCGAGCCGCCGUCCGAGGCCGCGGCGUUCAUCGCCUCCGCCUCCGCGGCCGUACUCGUGCUGAUGGCCGCUCUGCUCGCGGUGGUGCUGUCGUUCACCGCGGUGCUGACCGUCACGUCGCUGGUGCCGGUGGCCGACGCGGCGGCCGAUUUCCCGGGCCAUCAGCAGCGCGCGGCCGACCACCUGCACCGGUGGCACCAGCAGCAGCAACAGCCGUCACCGCCGACGGCCGACGACCGGUGGGACGUCGAGCAGCGGCCGCGACAGCCGCACAACGAAGAGCACUCGACGUCCAGACCGAAGCGGCAGCUGUGGCGGAAGAACGCCGACCGGGAGCCCGGCGUCGUGGCACUGACGUUCUCGCUGAUCGGCGGAACCGUUUCGGACGCCCGGCAAGCGUAUCGGAACGUGACGAACAUCGUCCGGGACACUAUUAGCGAGGUGGCCGCGAUCCAGCAGCAGCCGGCCAACAACGACGGCGACCAGAUGAUGAUGGCCGCGGGCAACACCGUGGAGAACGAGACGGGCGCAUCGUCCGCGGCCCCGCCGGUGGACCAACGGGUGGCCGGCCAAACGCUGGGCAAGCUGCUCGGACGCAACUACCGCGGUCUGCGCAGGCUGUUCAACUCCGAGCUCCGGUCCGCCAUCAAGAAUUCGCCGGGCAACGUCCGUGAUUUCGCCUUCGAACUGAUGGGUUCCAUUGGACAGAGUUUCAGGCCGUCCAACAUAUUUACCCGGGGACCGGUUAACGGGGAAUCCACGAACUCCACUAAGCGAUGACCGUUGACGAUGCUUCGUUGUAACGGCCAAAGCAAACUAUGAUACAUUCGAGUUAUAAAAACGAAUAGAUUGAGGGAAUACAACAAAAUAUUAUCGUAGUUGGUCACACGAGUCUACAUCAUAACAUCAAAUGUACAGAGUCAUCGUCUAUAUUAUAUACGUUUGCAGCCAUAUAUUAUUAUUGUUAUUAUUGUAAUCUAUCAUCAUACGUCAAUGUUUAUCAGUUAGUCAAAUUGUUACUCUAAUUAGUAUAUAGAAAAUAUUAGUUAUGUACGAAUGGUGUGCGAACAAUUUAUGUUCAUGUAAUUUUAAUGUAAGGCCACUGGUCAGAGGAUUUUGAGUAGGUAGUUCUGUUUCGCCAUAAUGUAAUCUUAGUCUAAGCGUGUAUAUUAUCAUAAUUUUAUUUUAUGUGUAACGCAUUUCACGCGCAUAUAUUAAAAUGUCAAUAGAUUUUUUUUUCAUCAUUUUUUUCGCGCAUUGUACAACUACAAGCAUCGCUCAAUUAUUUAUUCGAUACACAUACACACAUCAACACACACACACACACACACACACACACACACACACACACA